CCAACCCAAACUGGCUACUGGUUGUUCGGCAGUCCCCUCAGCCCCGAGAAUCCACGUCUCGCGUGAGUCGUGACCCUUCCCUCGUUCGCGCCGCGCCAUGGCCUCUCAGCUAGCCUGGCGGGCGGCAGCCACGUCAGCUCGUCGCAGCCUGAAGGAAGGCCAGCGGAUCGUGGCGGCGAUGACGUCAUCAUCUGCUGGCAUUACUCUGAGCGACGUCACCUUGGGAUCUCCGCGUGCCUCGGGAAUAUCCGGACUCUCAGAACGGAUCGAUCCGUCCCCGUUACAAGCCGACGCUACCGUCGAUCGGUGUCGUCAAUCCCCGCCGUCAUCAGCUCCGCUGACGUCAUCCGUUCCGCUCCGCCAUCUCCCCAUCGGUCCCCUCCCCGCGCUUAUCCCUUGCGCCACUCCGAUCGGUAGCUUCAGGGCGCUCAGAUCGCUGGCACGCGGCGCUGCCGCGUUCCACUCAGCCGCGCUGCCAGUCACAGCAGCAGCCGGCGCGGAUCAGAAUGCGGGCGGUGGUGGCGGGGAGAGGGGGGACGGCGGAGAGAAUGGGGGAGGCGGAGGGGAGGCGCGGCAGGAGGAGGACGGGGAAUGGCGGCAGUGGAUCAAACAGGCGCUCUCGAAGGAUGGGGAGGACGGAGGCACGGAGGGGGGCGAGCAGCAAGCAAGCAUAGCCAGCGGCAAGCCACAGCGCCAGUCAGCCUCUCCCCAGUCCGCGUCCCCGCCCUCACCAUCCCCACCAGGCCAACCCCCUCACACCAUCUCCUCUCCGCCCUCUCCCCCCACCGCCUCCCCUCCGCUCUCCCCUCCCCCCGCCCGCUUCCCCCCUCGCUCCUCCUCCUCCCCCUCCUUCUCCUCCUCCUCUCUCUCGUCCUCCGACUUUGACGAGCUAGAGGCCCUGCUGGGACCAGAGGAGGAGGAGGAGGAAGAGGAGAGGGGGGGAGGGAGGAGAGUGGGGGGAAGGGGAGAGGGAGGGGAGGACGAGGAGGAACGAGCAGCAAGGCUGCUACUGAGGGGGGGGCAGCUGGGGCGGACAGGGACGCGGGUGUGGGAGAGGGAGGAGGGGAUGGCGGACGUGGAGCCCGAGAUGGUGCUGUCAGACAGAGCGAUGAGGGCAGUUAAAGAGUACGACCUGGAGGACACUGAGGAGAAGUUCCAGUUCCGCCCAGACAGGGUGUACUACCCGGGGCAGACCUACAGCGCUGAGGAGUUGGACCUAUCCCAGCCGCUACCCGAGGGCAGUGAGACGCACCGCAAGCCGCGCACUGUGACCACCAAGGAGGCGCUCAAGGCGGCUGACUUCCGGAAUGUGCGCUUCCUCUCGCAGUUCAUCUCUGAAACUGCCAAGAUCAAUCCCAGAAACAAGACCCGGCUGUCUGCCAAGGCGCAGCGCCGUGUGGCUCGGGAAAUCCGGACGGCGCGGGUGUUUGGGCUCAUGCCGUUCACGCUGGCGGGCCGCCCGCCGUUCCGCUUUGGCCGGGACCCCAACCUGGACUCAGGGGAGCCCGACUAUGAGGCGCUCGAACUGGCGUCUGCUGUUCAGGGAGAUGAGCUCAAGGCCAUGGCUGGGAGAUAGCUUGGUUGAUGUGCUUGAUUUGGUGGGGGGGAGCUAGCAGAUCCCUCCUCGCUUGUUAGCCUAAUAGCCCUCAUUCCUAAUAGCCCCUCCCUGCUGUCAUGGGACGGAUCAGGGAUAUGCGGUGCUUGAACAAUCAUCUGAUGCUAUGAGGACUAGCUCACGGCUUCUGCGAGCUAGGGACAUUAGUAUGUUACAUUAUCCCUGUUGGUUGUAUGUGCAGUAGUGGUGGUAU